UUUUGCACCCAUCACUCAAGCAAAUACAUUACAUUACAUUUAAUAUAAACAUGGAAAUGGUUAGCAAAAUUGUAUGCUUUGUGUUUUUGUGCAUGGUGGUGGUUGCACCCCAUGCAGAGGCAAUGAGCUGCAGCCAAGUUUCGUCUAGUUUGGCUCCUUGUGUCCCUUAUCUUCAAGGGCGCGGCCCUCUAGGAGGCUGUUGCGGUGGUGUUAAGAGUCUGGUGGGUGCAAUCAAGACCCCAGCGGACCGAAGGACAGCAUGCACUUGUAUAAAAUCAGUAGCUAAUGCUGUUAAGGGACUUGAUACCGGCAGAGCCGCUGGUCUCCCUAGUACUUGUGGCGUUAACAUCCCUUACGAUAUCAGCCCCUCCGUUGAUUGCUCCAAGAUCUAGUAAGGUUGAUGAAAGCUGAUCCACUACACAAUAUGGAAGUCACUAUAU